AAAAAGUCUAAAUAACCCCCUGAACUAUCAAGGGUAGUCUAAUUUUGGGCUUGACCUACAAAACCGGGUAAAUGGGACAUUAAACUUUCGUUUUUGGUUUGAUUUACCCCCUGGGUGGUUUUCCAGGGCGGUUUUGGCCAGCGUGGCGGCCAGCGUGGCAGCCCAGCUAGAGGACGGCCCAUGGGCUGAAAACGGUCGCCCCUCCCCUCGUUUCAUCCCACCCAUUUCUUUCCCCACCCCCGCCGGUCGCCUCUCUCUCCCCCCGCCGGCGAACUAGGUUUUGGAGGUCGCGACACUUCUUGUUGGUGCCAGCUGCUGCCAUGGCGGAGUCAAGCGCGCGUUCUUCUCGUGGCUCGGCUUCUGCAGGUCGUGGCGGUGGUGGCGGCUACGAUGGCCUAGGGUCGCCGGUGGCGUACCGCGUGGGCCCCCUGGACUACACGCCGGCGAAGUACUGCUACUGCCAGCUGAAGGCUUGCCGCUGGAUCUCGUGGAGUAAGAAGUCCCCGGGGCGGAGGUACUGCAGAUGCCAAAGGAGCGGGACUGUUGCAGAAUGUGCCUACUUUGUCUGGGUUGAUGAUGAACCAAGUGAGUGGUACUCAGAGCUUAUUGGUGAUCUGCGUGAUGAGGUGUGGAGGAUGAGGAAGCAGGUUAUGGAGCAGGGGGUUGAUGUUGGGUAUGUCAGUGCAAUGGAGCAUGUUCAGCAGCUUCAGAAGGUGAAUGAGUUCUUGCAAAACGAGCUCAUGAAGAAGGAAUCAGAACUUAAAGCUAAGGACAAAGCUUUGCAGAUGAAGGACAAGGAAAUAGAAGAAGGCAAGAGCAAGAAGGGUUCUACUGAGUACUUUAGGUUGUUGUGUUUGUUCUUCAUGGGUAUGGUUGUUGCCAUGGUGUGUAAUGGCAAGAUUGGAUGAUAGAUGUCAAGUCCAGUAGUUGUAGUUGUCUGUCAGUUAUCUGUUGGACCUAAGUAGCUCUAGCUUUUGGAUGGUGUGUAAUGCCAUAUUUGCAAUGGGUUGUAAUGACUUUAUGCAGCUAUUUGAUGUUAGAAUGAACCUGUGCUCAGAUCAUAGUUGUUUGCUUA